AUGAAUGCUAAGAAUAUUAAUUUUAAUGAUGUUCGUUAUGCACAAGAAUAUUUUUAUCCAUAUUUUUCUCAUCGAACAAUGAGCGUUAGUGAAACAUAUGUUGCUUUAGUAUUUGGUUUGCUAGAUCCUAAAUCUCUAGCACCGAUAAGGAUUUUUGAAGUUGAAGGGCAUUCUUAUUGUAUUGAUACACGUCGUCUCACAAUUGCCAAAGAAUUACAACAAAGAAAUAAAUUAGAUGUUCUAGAAAACUUUCCUGUUCAAUAUAUGCUUAUUAACGAUGAAGAGUCUGCGCGGCAAUAUUGGAAUCUUGUUAAUUGCCGUUUACCAGCAAUGAAGAAAAGCGGUCUAGACGGUUCAACAAUUCGACUUGAAUCUGAACCAGAUUACAUGUGUUGUUUUAAUAAAGGAACAAAUACCUUUCGAUCUGAUCUCGAGCAACAUAUUAUUCAGAAACAUUUAAACAUGCGGGUACAGACGUUCAAGAACUUAAAUAUUUAUAAAUGUUACAAAUGUGAUAAACAAGGACAUAUAUUUGCAAGAAAACGAUCAACACAAAGUGUUUAUGAAAUUUUCCGAAAAUGUGCAUGUUCAGAGUAUGAAUCGAAUAAAAUUCAUAAAAUGCAAGUACCUUGGACAGAAGUCACUUUUGCUGAAUUAUGUAACAAGAUUCUCGAGUUAAAACAAUCUUUAAUUCGUUCAAAUCAAUUGAAACGCAGUAUCAAUCAACCAAGUGCAAGUCAUCAAUUCUCAAGAAACAAAGAUACUGAAUAUUUUAUGACACCAUGUUUUAUAUUCACAUUAAUUAUAGCUAUAUGCAUUGCUCUAGCGUAUAUACUUACUUCCAAAUGGCCUAAAACACAUCAUAAUUAUGUUGACAUAGACCAUUCUAAAACUACAAUUGUCUAA